AUGCCAUUUGAAGAAUUCACCAAAAAAAUCUUAGAGAAAUUCGACAUCUCGUUUGAUGUGAUGAAGAUGCACUACACCCUCAAGUUCAACCCUAGAGUCAUUCAAGAUUUAGAAGAUGAGGAUGACUUGGAUAAGGUGGUUUCCCACAGUGAUGACUUUGCAAAUGUAUACCUAGUAGACUUACCCUGUGUGGAAGGCUUUGAAGCAAAUAUACCGAAUACAGAAUUGGUAAUUGGAGGUCCACCUGCGCCGUUUCCUUCCUCUAAUGCAUCAUGCGAUGCAAUUCUUAAUACUAUGAUGCUAUCAAGAGGUUUUGUGUCGCGUUGUGCAGAUAGUGAGUACACCCCUUUGGAAUCGAUUCGUUUUUGUGAGGCAAUAUUAGGGUCGGGAGAUACAUUUAAAAAUGCAAAGGAGUUUCGCAACGUAAUUUACCAGAUGUCAUUAGGUGGAAGGUUUGAAUACAAGUACAAGAAAAAUUCUCCUACGCAUAUGUCUGUGAAGUGUUCGGUUGAGAGUUGUCCUUGGAAGAUAACAGCUCACGUUAUUGAGGGAAAUGUCAUCUUGCGAGUUCAUACUUACCAAGUGAAUCAUAAUCAUAUAGCUCAGGAUGAGUGUUCAUCUAAGGUCAAGGUUUCUUCAAAGAGAGGCGCGGUUAUUGUUGAAGAUGUGUUUAGAACCACUCCAGACUAUCUUCCCCAGAAGGCAAAAGAGUGCAUAUAUGGAGCUCCACGUGAGUCCUACACGUUUGUCCCUUGGUUAUGCCAUAGGCUAAGGGAAAUCAACCCCGGUACAAUUGCGGAGUACACUUCCGACGAAGGUCACUUCAUGCAAUUGUUCAUUGCUCAUGCAUUUUCAAUUCAAGGGUUCAUCAAGGGGUGUCGACCAGUAUUGGCUAUUGAUUCUUGCCAUCUAAGCGGACCAUACAAGGGAGCUCUUUUGUCCGCCAUUGCAUAUGAUGCAGAUGAUGGAAUGUUCCCUCUUGUCCUUGGUGUGGUCAGUUCAGAAAAUUAUGAGGAUUGGUAUUGGUUUUUGGAGAAAUUAAAGGGGGUCUUAGAUGGUAAAGAAGUUGUUAUUAUAUCUGAUAGACAUCAAGGAAUCUUGCGUAGUGUUUCUGAGUUGUUCGGGAUAGGAAAUCAUGCAUAUUGUUAUCAACAUGUUAAGGAAAACUUUUCUAGCUUCUUGAAUAAGCAAAACAUUAGAGGAAAGAAAGGGAAAGAAGAUGCUUUGUUACUUCUAGACAGCAUUGCAUAUGCUAGGUUGGAGAUAGACUACAACGAGGCAUUUGAAAAACUUGUGCGCUUCAAUGACAACCUCAGUAAAUGGGUUGCAUAA